AUGUUUUCCACCUUCCCAGCAGCCUUGAUUGAUCCGCAGCAGACUGUAGGACCACCUAGCGCCGUCGAAGACCAGCCGCCUAAGCAGAUCGCUGGACUCGAGGAUGAGGAAGAGCUAGAUCAAUUCCGCGAGAGAAACCUCAACCUUCAUGUCGGGCUCCAAGUGGCACAAGAGUGUCGUCGGCUUCUGACGGAAAAGCACGAGAAGCAUCAUGUACUGGCGACCGAGCACGAAAGAUGCAAGAAAUUGAUGCAGAAAGCCAUUGAGAACCUGUCCAGGGGCCUACACCUCUCGACUAGAGAAUUGGCCAACCUUGGACUGACUGUAGAAGGAGUUGCGCCUGCCCGCCAGUUGGGAAAGCUAGUCGUACGCCCAGCGCUUUCCAAAUUGAUGGGGAAAUUCACUGUUCGGGUAUCCUUACUGGCAGUACAAGCAGAGCCUCAACUGUCCAAGCCAACGUCCUCGACGAACCUCCAGUUCAGUUCUACGCCGCGCAGCCUCUCUUUUUUCUGGCCCCGUGCUUUUCAGACGGAAGGUCUCGACGCACCAAAGCCUCCGUUCCCUGGCUCCGCAUCUGGCUCAAUACCUUGCACAUCCCGUCCUCUCGCAACAACACCAUCUCCAGCAGUCGGCACAGCUGCUGGCCUUCGCAAUCCACCGCAAGUCGGCGAAUUAGCUCUGUCCACCUUUGGUGACCCGGAACAAACGAUCGUGCCUGGCGUUCCGGAUACUACAUGCGUCCUCGUUAGCAUCCCUGGCUUUUGCAACCGUGCAGAGCAGAGUUUCGAAGAAACAAGGCUGAGACGCUACGCGUUCUACGAUGGCGAAAGCGAGCCACUAGUGACACCGAAAUGGCCGGAAACCACCUUCGGUCAGGACUUCUCUCCGCAGAGCAACGAGCGAAAUAUUGGGGAGGAGAGAGGAGGUUGGGAGGGGCAAACCCCGCGCAGUAUGGAUACUGCAGGUGCCAGCAGUGAAAGGGGGAGGGAGUGGGGGGGUGCUUUCAAACCAGCAAAGCCGAACGGAGAUAACACGGCCAAUGUAACGUCCGCUAGCAAGGCCAUUGGGGAGCAUUACACGGCCACACCAUACCAACAUUCUGGCUCCGGUCGAUGA